AUGUAUUAUAUUAAUGAGUCUAAUCAACAAGAUGAAGAAGAUAACGAACAUAAUAGAGAAAAUGAUGAAAGUGAAUCUAAUAAUCAAAAACGUAAUGCGAAGGAUAUACCUUAUUAUUAUUCAUCUCCAGGAUAUUAUUAUCUUUAUUACAAGAAGGAAGCAACCUCACCUUAUUACUAUUACAAGAGAGAAUUCCCACCUCAUUAUAAUAUCCAAUCAGACGAUUCACCAUAA